AUGGCCCUUCACUGGAUGCUGGAGAAAUAUAAGUUCGAAUGUUCGGGCUACAGCCAGUCCUUUCUUGCUCGCCUCUGCGAGCAGGCUGGGCGCUACGAUGAUAUGGUCACCCAUGUGAAUGAAGUUGCGAGCGCUGGUGGUGAGCUCAGUUUCGAGGAGCAGAACCUCCUCAGUACUGCAUAUAGGAACGUGGUCGGCACCCGCCGUGCCAGCUUGCGGAUCAUCUCCUCGAUCGAGGAAGUGGAUUCAAGGAGCGCGAAGGAUGCAACUACCAUCCGGGAAUACCGCCACAAGAUUCUAAAUGAACUCGAGAAGUUCUGCGAGGACCUUUUAGAGGCGCUAGAUGAGAGACUAAUCCCCAUUGCCACUGCAGGCAUGUCCAAGGUAUUCUACUACAAGAUGAAGGGUGACUACAGUCGUGAUCUGGCGGAAUUUGGGUCGGGCGAGAAGCGCAGUACUGCUAUUACUUCUGCCAAGGAGGCCUACAACACUGCUACCCAUGUUGCCCAGAUCGAGCUCGCCGCCACCCACCCUUUGCGCCUAGACGUGGCUCUGAACUUCUGUGUCUUCUACUACGAAAUCCAGAACUCGCUGGAUCGCGCAUGCCACCAUGCCGAGCAGGCCAUCGAUGAUGCCAUUGCCGAGCUCGGCUCCCUGUCCGAAGAAUCUUUUCACCACUCCACACUCGUCAUGCAGCAACUCUGUGACAACCUGACUACUUGGAGAUCUUCGGAGCAGAGAAGGGUUGCCCAAGAGUCAGCGUCCCACCCAGUGACAUGA